UGUUUCAGUUUUAGUAGGAGACAGGGCAUUUUCUGGCAAGUUCAUAUUGGCUGGGCCGACAUAAAACGCCAAACAAACGAUACAAGGGCAACAAAGGCGUUCAUGUGACUGGUGUUGGCAGAUGUUUUGGGAUGCCUUCGUUUUAUAUUUUUCCCUUAUUAUCUUCUACAUCGAUUCAAUUUUAAAUAACUCUUUACAAUAACCAACUGCAGUGCUUAGAUCAAUACUAAUUUAGUUUAGCAGGUAUUGGCUUUACGUUCUUGUUCUUGUCAUAAAGGUCUUAAAUAUUGCUACAGUAUCAAUAUUUCGAUUAGUAAAUUGUUCCUUGGUUUAUCAAUUACAAAAUUGCAUGGAAAAUCGGAGGAUUAUUUUGUAUGUAUGUGUUAAUGUAUGUGUGGUGUAAAUGUGAAGUGAUUAUACGUGACCCCCAUGGCCUGGAGUUGAUAUACAGUGGGAGUGGUGAAGCAGGGUACACAGCACUCCUACAAUAUCAGCUCUCUGCUGUUUUUGAACUUUAUAAUGUUGAUCUCAGCACAUGCCUGCUGGGCAGUGGAGCGAGAGAGAGAAAAAGAGAGAGAGAGGGAGGGAGAGAGGGAGAGAGAUGAAAUGAGAGAGAGAAAGAGGGAAAGAGAGGGAGAGAGAAAGAGAGAAUGGGACAGCACAAGAAGUGUAGUGACAUACAGUAGGAAAGUCCUCAUUUGUUCAGACACAAGUGUCUAAGCUAUGUUGUGACAUCAAAUGUUUUUAUUACUUUGAAGAAUAUUUCAUAGGCUAGACUUGUGAAGCAUGGGUGACUGGAGCUUCCUGGGACGGCUGCUGGAGAACGCCCAGGAGCAUUCGACAGUUAUCGGCAAGGUGUGGUUGACGGUCCUCUUCAUCUUCCGUAUCCUGGUGUUGGGGGCUGCAGCGGAGGAGGUGUGGGGCGACGAGCAGUCCGACUUUACCUGCAACACGCAGCAGCCCGGAUGCGAGAACGUCUGCUACGACGAGGCGUUCCCCAUCUCCCACAUUCGCUUCUGGGUGUUGCAGAUCAUCUUCGUGUCCACGCCCACGCUCAUCUACCUGGGCCACGUCCUGCACAUCGUCCGUAUGGAGGAGAAGCACCGGGAGAAGGAGGAGGAGCUGCGCAAGGCCAACAGGCUCCAGGAGGAGAAAGAACUCCUAUACAGAGAUGGGGGAGGGGACGGAAGGGGGGGUGGGGACGCAGGGGGCGGAGGAGGCGGAGGGAAAGGCAAAGGAGGUAAGAAGGUGAAGCCGCCCAUCAGGGAUGAGCAUGGCAAGAUUCGCAUCCGAGGUGCAUUGCUGCGCACGUACGUGUUCAAUAUUAUAUUCAAAACCCUGUUUGAAGUGGGGUUCAUUUUAGGUCAGUAUUUGCUCUAUGGCUUCCAGCUAAGGCCCCUAUACAAGUGUGCCCGGUGGCCCUGCCCUAACACCGUGGACUGCUUUAUAUCUCGGCCCACUGAAAAGACCAUUUUUAUCAUAUUUAUGCUUGUGGUGGCUUGCGUGUCUCUUUUGCUGAAUUUGUUAGAGAUUUAUCACCUGGGAUGGAAGAAGGUUAAACAGGGGAUGGCAAGUGAGUGUGCCCUCGACCAGGAGUCUCUGCACCGCUCUCCUGUGUCCCCUGACUCUGCCUCCAGAACUGCCCCUGCCCCCCUCAGCCCCCCCCCCAACUAUGCCAGCGUGCCGGCAGGGAGCGGGGUGUUCCUGGCACCUGUGGCCCCCCUGCAGGACGAGCUGACAGAGCCUGGCUCCGCCUUCUACAUCAGCAGCAACAACCACAGGCUGGCCGCGCAGCAGAACUGGGCCAACAUGGCCACUGAGCAGCAGACUCGGGAGAUGAACGCCUCUUCCUCCUCCUCCUCCUCCUCCUCCUCCUCCUCCUCCUCCUCCUCCUCCAGUGGCAAUGAGCCGCCUCCUGGCGGGGCCCCCCCCAUCCCCUUUCCUAGCUCCGCCCCCACCUGUCCUAGCUCCGCCCCCACCCCUUGCCCCAGCUCCGCCCCCACCCCCUGCCCUAGCUCCGCCCCCACCCCCUGCCCCAGCUCUAACCCCACCCCUUGCCCUAGCUCCGCCCCGAGCUCCUCCCCCACCCCCACACCCUGCCCCGGCUCCAGCGUUGGCAGCCUGAGUGGUGGAAAGAGCGAGCGGGAGGACAGCCCCCUCACCACCACCGUUCAGAUGCACCAACCCCCGGUCUACGUGGCAGCAGACCCUCGCAGGCUGAGCAGAGCCAGCAAGAGCAGCAGCAUCAGGGCCAGGCCCAAUGACCUGGCUGUGUAGUCGUGUUAGAGAGAAACCUUCCCAGACGCCUGCAUGGUACCCAGGCAUGCUUGAUUUCGGUAUCCUCAUGCCUUUUCCUUUUUUACAUCCAGGUCAUAUCUCAUCUAUCAGAUAUUUGGCAUUUCUUUUUGUAUAGGUUGAACAUUAGAGGUAGAAGCUGUACUACAAC